CGUACUAGUGUCGCUCACCAUCUGCCCAAAACCAAAAUGGCCGCUGCGGAAUCACUGCAUGCAGUAGUGAAGUGUGUUGUCACCCACGCUUCCAGUGAGAGUCAUGUCGGUGCUGAAGCUGCGUCUACCGCCUAACGAUGGCCCGGUGCUGUCCGUGGUGGACAUGCAUACCGGUGGGGAGCCUCUGCGGAUCGUGCUGAGCGGGGCGCCGGUACCGAGCGGGAGCACAAUCCUGGAGAAGAGGCGCUGGGUGCGGGAGAACAUGGACUGGGUGCGCAGGAUGCUGAUGCUGGAGCCCCGCGGUCACCAGGACAUGUAUGGAGCGCUGCUGGUGCCCAGCGAGGAGGCCGAGGCCCACCUGGGGGUGCUCUUCAUGCACAAUGCCGGCUACAGCACCAUGUGCGGGCACGCUAUCAUCGCCCUGGGGCGCUUUGCUGUGGACUACAAGCUGGUGGAUCCGCAGGGGCCGGAGACCCCGGUCAAUAUACACUGCCCCUGCGGUCUAGUGCGGGCCUAUGUCUCCUAUGCUGAGGGCUGCAGUGGCCGAGUGCGCUUUCACAGCGUCCCUGCCUUCACCCUCUGCACAGAUGUUCCGGUUGAUGUUCCGGGCUAUGGGCAGGUAGUAGUGGACGUUGCGUAUGGAGGAGCAUUCUACGCAUUUGUUAGUGCAGAGCGCUUUGGCCUGGACGUUUGCACAUCGAGGACAAGGGACAUAGUUGCUGCUGCAGCUGCUGUGACUGAUGCCGUAAAGGCUCAGGUCAAAAUCAUCCAUCCAGACAGUGAAGACCUGUCUUUCUUAUAUGGCACCAUAGUAACCGAUGGAAAGGAUGCAUACAGCGGGGAACCCACUGCCAAUAUCUGUGUAUUUGCCGAUUCCCAGGUUGAUCGCAGCCCUACCGGUUCUGGGGUGACGGCUCGCAUCGCUCUGCAAUACCACAAAGGUCUAAUACAGCUGGAACAAACCCGGACCUUUAAGAGUGGCGCCACAGAUUCCUUGUUCACUGGAAAAGCAGUCAAGGAAACGGUUUGUGGUGACUAUAAAGCGGUGAUUGUGGAAGUUUCUGGCCAGGCUUACUACACUGGUACAUCAAGCUUUAUCCUGGAAAGCGAAGACAUACUAAAAGAUGGAUUCCUGCUGAAGUAACAGGACCGUUCAUACUGUAUAUCUCAUUCUGCUGUUCUCUCUGCAGUGCCAGUCACGUUCAAUACUGAAACAGAAAUGUAUUGUUCAGAGAAGACUGUUUAUGAAAAGCUACAAACUUCUUUCUUGGUGGGAGUCCAAAGAGAGAUUGCCCAGGCCGCAGUAACAUUGUACGCGGUUGGUAUCGAUAUCCUGGCACACAGAAUCAUGUCGGUCAGAAUGGCAACAGCGGCAUCCCAAUAUUCAAAAUCCAGACGGAUUCUGAUCAUUAUUUUAACCCUGUCUCCUCCCGCAGUCUAACCCUAACCCCCCUCCCCCUAGUGCCUAACCCUGGCCACAGUACUUACCGCCGGGAUUCGUUGGGAUGCUGCUUACGGCAUUCUGACCGCCUGGAUUUUGUGCACCAUGAUUGUAUGUAAUAACCUUACAUUGCUUCACUCGGAGGGUGAAGAACAUAUAAAGUAAUAACAGGAAAAAUGUAAGCAUCCAUUAUUAGAACUACAUAUUACUGUAGGGAAAUCUGAAGCAGUUACUUAUUAAUGUAUGCUUACGUCUUUUAUCUAUAUAUUCCAUUGUUUAUACUAAUAUAAUCUACAUAUAACUAC